UUUUCUCUUCGAACCGGUUUGUUACUUGUCUCAUCACAUGAUCGGAAGUUACGUAUUUCUACGUUCUUUGCCCUUCUGGUCAAGGUCGGGUGUUUACUGCUGCUGUUGUUGCCUUGUAGACUGAGCUGAACAUGGCAGAAGAAGGUAAGGAGGCUUUUGUGACCUUAGCAACAAAUGAUACCUAUGUAUUGGGAUGUUUGGUCCUUGGAGAAUCCUUACGGAGAACCAAAACUCAAAGAAAAUUAGUUGUGCUCAUUACAAAAGGUGUAUCCGAGUGUCUCAGAAAAAAUCUUAAAGAUGUUUUUGAUGAAGUUUGUGAAGUUGACUUAAUUUCUAGUCAUGACUACAAAAAUCUUCAACUCCUUGGUAGGCCUGAUCUCAAUGUAACGUUCACAAAACUUUACUGUUGGAAAUUAACACAGUACUCGAAAUGUGUGUUUUUAGAUGCUGACACAUUGGUUCUUGAUUGUGUGGAUGAGCUUUUUGAAAAGGAGGAACUUUCUGCUGCUCCUGAUCCAGGAUGGCCUGAUUGCUUCAAUUCGGGUGUUUUUGUAAUGCAACCAAAUGAAGAAACAUAUAAGUCAUUGAUCCAGUUUGCUAAGACCGAAGGCUCGUUUGAUGGUGGUGACCAAGGAUUAUUGAAUUUAUACUUUAAGGAUUGGGCUACAAAAGAUAUUAAGAAGCAUCUGCCAUUUGUUUAUAAUGUUGUUUCUCAAGCAUUUUACAGUUACUUACCAGCAUUUAAGCAGUUCAAGCAAAACGUAAAGAUUGUACAUUUUCUUGGUGCUAUCAAACCUUGGCAACACUGUUACAAUGCUAAAACAAAGAAAGUAACCCCACUGCCUAAUUCUGGUCAUGAUCCAGAUUUCCUCCAGCGAUGGUGGAACAUUUACAUGGAGUCUGUUUAUCCUGUAAUCGAUCACGGGAAAUCAGAAGAAUUAAAGGAGUUUAAUUUGUCAACUGCCUCUCCCUCUUUUCUUCCUACUUCUCCUUCUCCUCCCCCACUUUCUAGGAUUGCUCUUACUGGUCCAAUCAUUGGUGGAGAUUUAAGCGGUCACGGACAGAGAGCAGUAAUGGAUGAAUUUGAAAAACGUAUGGCAUGGGAGCAUGGUGAGAUUGACUAUAUGGGGCAAGAUAGCUUUGAUAACAUCCAACGGAAACUUGAUUUGAAUUUAAAUCAAAAUCAGUCGGGCAGCAUGUGAAUGAUUUAUACUCAAGUCAAGUGAAAAAAGAAAAGAAAAAAACGUUCAAAACUUGUUUUGAAUAAGCUACAUAUAUUGAAACUGCUCCAAAGCUAUUAAAUCAACUAACAAACUA